UCCAUCUUUCCUCAUUUCUUACUCUGUCCAUCACCAAGCUGGUCCCUUUUCUUUUCUCUGGCUUCUUUACUACUGUUUUCGAUCGUAAUUGGUAUUGAAUUUUGAUUCCUUCGUCAGUAGACAGUCGAAAGAAUCGAUUUUUGGCUUGCUUUAGACUAAUGGGCGUGGAGGAACUUAGGAAUCUCUGCAAAAUUAGGGUUUUCUUGAGUUGUCGUCUACAAGGAAUUAGUUACAUCUGGGUCAGAAGACCAACAUUUCUUCUAGCUGUUUCAUGGGAUUUGCCAUCACGGUGACAUUACCUAAGUGUGGAAGUAAGUUCUUGCCAAAGAGGAGUCUCAGAGACAAAGGUGCUUUGUCUCUUGCCAUUUGCUUGGAGUUUUGUUCCCUCUGUCAUUUCUUGCAUCCUGCACAGCCUCUGUUGGUUAGACAUCAAAGGAGGAUGUCGUGGACAACAAUUAGAAGCUCGGUUGGUGGGGACAGAUUUGAUCCAGCAUCCGGUUCUUCAAGUAAUAAUAGCUCCAGAGGUCUACGGUUAAUCAAAGCCUUACAAGUUCUCAGAACUAAGCUUCUGGUGAAAUUUCAGGAGAUAAAGAAAGAUCUCCCCAAGAAAUUGUUCUUUCUGUUGGUGGGAUUCUACUCUGCAACUGCUUUCUCUACAUUCAUAGGACAAACAGGAGACUGGGAUGUUCUGUCUGCUGGAGUGGCUGUGCUUGUAGUUGAAUGCAUUGGAGCUUUAAUGUACAGAGCCUCUAUUCCAUUAAUCAACAAGAUGCGGGGCACGAUCACUAUGUUUAACUAUUGGAAGACUGGACUCGCCCUCGGACUGUUCCUAGACUCAUUCAAGUUUUAGCUUGGACCUCGGAAGAAAGACCGCGAAACCUGGCUCAAGAAUGGACAGUGAUCAGCAAAAUUUUGACAUGCUGUGUCCCCUUUAUGCCUGAAAUCAAUACAUGAGGCUUGUGAAGACUUUAACUUUCAUUGAAGACAAAGGUUAGGUUUCAGCGUUUCAAAUCACAAGCUAGAAGACAUGGGACCAAACCUUCAAACCUACCAAAAGCCAGCCACCAGCAAACAAUAGUCGAUACCUGUCUGUAUAGAGCCUUGUAUUUGAUUCUGGGUCAAAAAAUCUUAGCAUUACAGAUUGAGAAGUUUGUAAUAGCUUUCGAAAAUUUCCACCUUUCUUCAUUAGGAGGAUCCAGCUUUAGCCUCUGUAAUUUAAAGUAUUGACUUUUAAACACCUCAGAUUUUGCAUUAGAAAAACACUCAUCAAAUUCCAAUC